AUGAACAACUUCGGCGUCAUCGAGCUCGCCAGCGCCAAAACGACUUCGGCUCCCGGAUGGGCCUACGUUCCUGACACGGGCGCCCUGCCCGGAGCCAACGCUUUGCAGCCGGCAAAUCGGAAACGAGCUCGCAAUGCGCCCGCGGGCGUGACGGUUGGCGAUUUGACGGCGCGGCAAGAAGCCAAGAUUCGGAAGGAAAUCGAGGCAUUGGAGCGAGACGGCGGAAAGGAUAACUCGAUUCCGAUACCUGCGAAGAGCGGCAAAGGUGCUCUUGUGCUUAUAGCUGCUGGUAAGUUCACGCCAAACGUUCGAAAGAUCCUACAGUCGCAAAAGACGUUUUCGAACCACCUGGACGACUUCCUGGCGAUGCAGGCCCAGGCGGAGGGCGGCCCAACAGCAGCGAGCAAUAAUAGGCCUACCAACUCUAACGCCAAACGCCCAGCCGGCAAACGAGAGGCCACUGCGUCUACACCUACUGCCACUGCCAAGCCAUCGUCGAGCAUACAAGAAGAGGAUGUAGCAAUGGCGGAUGCGGACCUGCCUCCGAUUCUGGUAGGUUCAUACAGACCACCACCAACAGCCCAUCCCGGUGACAACGACCCAUUACUGGUAUCUCGUGUACCCGAGCUGCCAUCGGACGAGGAACUGAGGAAGUUGCUGGCUCACCCGCCGCUUACAUACUACGAGGCCAGAUGCAAAUGGGGGGACAACUACCCCACGCGUGUAUUCUGUGAGGUUUGCGGGUAUUGGGGACGGGUGCGGUGCAUGAAAUGCGGAACAAGAGUCUGCGCAUUGGACUGUAUGGAGACGCACAGAGAGGAAUGCGUGACCAGGUAUGGGCUAUGA